ACUGGAGGAAAGAUGAACAUUCCCGUGGUGUUUCUCCUGGUGGUGUUGGGGUGCAGUCAAGCUGAGGGAGUGUCAAAAUGUGAACUGAGGGACUUAGUACUCACAGAGUUACAAAAUUUACAAGAUGGUGGCCUGUCAUUAGAUCCUAAAGUUGUGACAACCAGAAUUGUCUGUCAUGCGGAGAAGUCGUCAAAUUUCAACACCAGUGCUGUGACCACCCAAGGGUCUGAUGGAGGAAGCAGUUCAAACCGAAAAAAAAGAAACACCAUGGAAGACAUGCUUGAGAUUAUGGAGUCUGAGGGAAUGCGUACGACCACAGUCCAGCCCAAAAAGACAGUAAAAGCAACACAAAAGUGGACCUUCUAUGGUAUUUUCCAGCUUGGCAAUCUCUUGGUUUGCACUGAUGAAGUGUCAACAGACCCCGAAAUCUGUAACUACAACUGCAACACACUAAUUGAUGAUGACAUCACCAAUGAUAUCAGGUGUCUGACAGACAUCAUCAGAAAGCUUCUCAAGGACGGCUUCAACCAGGGAUCCAGAUUCAUGGAAAUGAUCAGACUUAUUUACGACUCAGAGUGUGACGGAUUUGUCUACAGCGACUACUUCCAAGAAUGCCAGUAAAACUGAUCAAGCACACAACGCUAGUUUAGUUUUCCAACUAAAAUACUUCAGCAAGUACUUUGUUACCAAAAGCCUUUCAUGAUUUCUGUAGUGAUAAAACGCUUUCUGGGAAGAUUCAUCUUUGCAGUGAUGUGACAGCAAUAUAGAGUGAUAAUAAAAAGAAGCAUAUUCA